UCCAGUUGACUUCCUCAGUCGGACGGAGAGUAUGGCGGCUGCCGCCUGCGGUCCGCACGGCGCGCCGGUAACCGUCGCAGUCAACGGGAAGAAAGCGCACACUAACAGGGAACACGUCCGGAAAAACCGAGAAAAUUCCCGCCGGAGACAAGCGGCGCUCCUGUUCCUCAGUAACAUCUCCCUGGACGGGCGGCCCGUACACGGUAGUUCAGUCGAGAAUGGAGGAAGCCGCCACCACCGAGAGACCGACUUCGAGGGAACCGAGUUCCUGUCUCCCUCGGCGGCCGGGCUGUCCGCGGAGCCGCGGCACGGCACCUACGGGACUUUCUCCAGCUUGUCAUCGUCCGUGAGCUGCGGGAAUGUCAAUCCCGCCCCGGCACCGAGACUAGGAGUCCUAAACGUCCCGCCUAUCCUCGUCCUUCCGUCGGACACGGGGUUCAACGACGUGGAGAGCGCCGAGGUGCUGCUGGAGCGCCGGAGAGGCUCGGUCCCGGCGCCCGGGAAUCUGCUCUCCCCCUCGUCGUCCAACACCAGCCUGCUGCCGUCGCCGCUGGGACCGCGGAAGUCUUCCACACUGCUGUCGGUGCAGAGCUGUAACUCGGUGUCCUCUGAGCCGCGACAAAGGAGUCGUAACCUGUCAGGCGGCUCUCCCAGGCCUCGACUCACCAAGAAGAUUCACUUCAUCAAGAACAUGAGACAGUACGACACACGAGGCAGCAGGAUCGUGCUGAUCUGUGCCAAGAGGUCUCUGUGUGCUGCCUUCUCUGUUCUGCCCUAUGGAGAGAGCUUCCACAUCAGUGACCCGGCGUUGAAUCAUCCCAGGAGGAGACACUCUUCAGGAAACAUCUCCACCACUCUGGAGAUGCUGCCAGGCUUAGAGGGCUUCCAGCUGGAGGCCUACGGCAAGUCGGUGUCGUACGCCCAGUUCCUGUACCCCACCAACGCCCUGGUGAGGCAGAAGCCGUCGUCGGCGUGCGACCUGACGCUGCAGAUCCCCGUCUCCAGGAGCACGCACAGCAUGCCGGGCCGCAGCUACCCACCCAGCAGGCUCAACAGCACCGUGGGCCUGGACCUGGGUGUAGACGACGUGACCGACUACGACCCGAACCUCCUCAACGACCCGCAGUGGCCUUGUGGGAAACACAAGCGGGUGCUGAUCUUCGCCUCCUACAUGACCACAGUGAUCGAGUACGUGAAGCCGUCUGACCUGAAGAAAGACAUGAACGAGACGUUUAAAGAGAAAUUUCCUCACAUCAAACUCACUCUCAGCAAGAUCCGCAGCCUGAAGAGAGAGAUGAGGAUGGUCGGGGAGGAUUGCGGCCUGCAGCCAGUCACCAUCGCCAUGGCCUUUGUUUACUUUGAGAAGCUGGUGCUGCAGGGUCGCCUCAAUAAGCACAACAGGAAGUUGGUGUCAGCUGCCUGCAUCCUAUUGGCUGCCAAGAUCAGCAGUGACCUUAAGAAACAAGAGGUCAAGCACCUCAUUGAUAAACUCGAGGAGCGUUUCAGGAUCAGCAGGAGAGAGCUGAUCCCGUUUGAGUUCACCAUCCUGGUCGCCCUGGAGAUGGCGCUCUACCUCCCCGAGAGCAAGGUCAUGCCUCACUACCGCCGCCUGGUGCAGCAGCAGCAGCAGCUGUAGCCCUGCCUGGCUCUGCGGCACUGCGGCACCCCGCCCCACCCUGCCCCCCCCGGCACCGCCGACUCUUUAGCACCUUACGUCUCUCUGAGUACAACGCCGCGGCGCAGCAGUCCUCAUAAUGUCUGGCUCAGCGGCAGCAAGGCACCAUGGGAAUCGAGCUCCUCGUCGCCUGGAUCUUACAGCCACAACACUCCAGUUUUAGUGCCUGGCUCAGCGGCUCACAAGCACACCAAAGUCGGGCCAUACUGUGAUGGACGGUGCUGAUAAUGAUGAGCCACUGGGAAUCAUGCUCCACCAACUGAACUCCGGUCACUCGUAGGGCUUUUUCAUUAAUUCCACCCUGACACUGUGACGUAGGCCCCGCCCCCCCCCGGCCCCGCCGCCGCUUUCCAUUGGAAUAUUGAACGGCGGCCCCGGGCGGCGUCCUUUUGAAAGUGGGCGAAUAUCAGACCAGUUUGGGUCCCCAAGCAGACCAGCACAGCUCUGAUGUAACCAAACCCAACUGUGAAACACACACACACACACACUCACAAAAGAAGGUGAAGGAAGGUGGGAACUGUGUGAUGCUGACACACAAAAACAUUUUAUUUGCUGACAGCUGAGCUCAGUGCUGAAUAAUAAUAAUCAUGUUAAAAAAUGACACAAUAAAGCGGCUUGGUCAAAGGUUUAAAAAGGUUUUUGUGCUUCAACAUGACAACAUGACACACUUCUCACCUUCAUUUCCAAACUCGGCCCGACACGUGGUCGUAGAGCGCGGAGAGUGGACGAAAAUGUGUGUUUUUUAUGCUGCCAUACUCUGAUUUUUGAUUUUUAAUUUCUGAGUCUGAGUUAAGGGCCUUGCAUUUCUGAUUCAUUUUGCCCAACCAGAUUUUCCCAGAUGGUCCAGGGUUUCAAACUGGCAACCCUCCAUCCACAGCCCUGCACUUUCUGAUUUUCUGUCCCCUCAUUAUUAUUAUUAUUACCUUGCUCUCCAUCAUGUUGUCAUGUUGUCUGAGCAGCAGAGAGGUUUGUUGUUUUGGUUUGGUGACCGGAAGCCUGCAGCUCCCUCUAGUGGCUGCUCUGCUGCAGUGCCUCACCCAGAAAUAAUGAUGACGAUGUGUGAGAGUGUGAGAGUCUUCACCCCCCAAAACCAAAACUAACAACAUCCUCUCAGCUGUGACGGCACUUUCUCCUGGGAAACUGUUUUUACUCAGAACCACAGAUUCACAAUAUUAUUAUUAUUAUUUUUUUUUUUUUUUUGACGAUUUCUGAUAUGCCAAUAUUUUCCAACUCUUGGCCGAUUACUGAUGUAUGCACAUAUUUUUUUCCAUCUAAUAGCAGAAAACAUCCAGUCUCUCCUGCAGUGGAAUUAACAUUUUAUUAUUAUUGUUAUGCCUGCUCUUAUUGUGAAGGCCCACCGGCAGAUGCAGGCAAACAACACAAUUCACAGAAAGUUUGAUUUUGGGCUGAUGCUGAUAUUUCAUCGUGAAAAUCGUAAAAUAUUGGUGAUAUUUUAUCGGCCUCAAAGCCUGCUGGUUCUGUCGGGGUUUAAUUAGCCCACAAGGGGUGAUUGCAUUAAUGUUGUUAUUAUUAUUAUUUUUAAAUCAAAGAAUGCACUAAGUCCUAAAUGAUUCCUGCCCACCUUCAGUUUCCACGUGACUCCUCAAAGUUUUCCUUGGUAUCAUGAUUAUUGUCUGUGGAGGCGACUGGACUCUGUGUUGGCUCGUCUGUGUCGCUGUGUGAAGAGCCUCGACGGUUUACAGAACAAACUGCCUCCAAAACAGAACGAGUGACAAGGGAGGGAAAAAAAAAGUGUCAGGCGUUCAUUUCCCCGCUCUGGACGUCACAUCAAAACUCUCAUCCCUUUCUUUUUUUUUUUCUUCUUUUUGUGCCGUCGAUUCAAAUCGAUUAAGGAGGAGCGAAACAACAUGGCCGCCAUGAAAUGGUCGCCGUGACACCGGGGGGGGAAAGUGAAGGGCUCUGGAAGCUGCACAUCCGUUCAUACAGGACACUACAGCCCUGCGACUACAGCGACACCGACUCUAACGAACAAUAAGGACUACUUUGUGUGGAUGAUAAAAACUUUGUUUAUGCACCGUGGAGGGAAAACACGGUGGCGGCGGACUUCCUGUUUCCUUCUCUCAGCACUGUGAACCAAACAUCACCGUCGUUCCAACCAAAAAGACUUUCCUAUCAGAGAAACACUUCACUCAGACGCUAUUUAUUUAUUCUGUCUUCACUGUAUCGUAAAGGGAGAAUCAUUUAACCAAAUGCACUUUUUUGCCUUUUUCCUAAAAUCUUAUUUUGUCACUAUAGGGUAAUAUUUUUUUACAUUAAGCGUACGUCAGCGACAUUCGUGUCUAUUUAAAAACUGACCGAAUCACUGAAAUAGUUCCUGAAUCCUUCAGAUGAAGAAUCAUGUCUGUUGUAAGAUGUGAGGUUUUCAGAGGACGUUUGGUCUGAACACAGAGGCGAGGUGCUGCUUUUGAGUUCAGAUGAAAAGCACUGACACAGAUCACUUGGCGUAACGAAACAUUUUCACUUGUUGACUAAAAAACGGACUUAAAAUAUGGCUCUUCGUCUGGAGGGAUUACAUCAACGCUCUUCCACUGAUGUUAUUGUUAUUAUUAUUAUUUUUUAUUAUUAUUAUUUUCUAUUGUAUUAAAGGGACUUACAGCUGGGAGUCUGGGUCAGUAUUCACCUUAAACUUGGAGCAGGAGCGCAGAUCCUCCCAUCGUCCAUUCAUUUCAGAGUGGGACUCAAAAAAAUAAAUAAAUAAAAAUCUGAUGGCUUCCUUUCCGUUCAUCCCAGAUUCAGUCGCCACUCCAAUCAUUUUACCAGCCAAAUACAUUUUUACAGUUGAGUGAAGGCUUGUUUUCUGCCAAACCACAGCCAAAUCUGUUUUGAUGAGCCUUUCUCCCAGAAAAAACAGACACAAUUUCUUUGUUUCAUGCUAAAAAAAAAAAAAUAAAAUCCUGAAAAAAAAAAAAAUAUAUUCCUCAUUCAGGCUGAGGAGAUCUGGGUCAGCAA